GAUACACUUCAAAACGAGGACUUAGGAAAUGGGGAAUCGUCUAAAAUGGCAGGAGGAGGUAAGCAUAAACUGCAAUAUGUCGAGCAGUCGACACCAAAGUUUUUGAAAGAUUUUAAAGCGAGGGCAAAUUUUAAGGAGGGCCCUACCAUUGACACGAAAAGGCAGAAACUUGAAAGAAAAAUUGAUGAUAGUGAUGACGAAAGAGAUGAUAGGGAGGACGAGAAACCAGUUAUUUGUGUUUUAAGAGAAGGGGACUUGACAGAAGAAGAGUUCAAGCGGCUUCAAGGAAAUCAACAAGAUGAAACAGAAUCUACAGAAUCAGCUGGAAAAGUUAUGUUCAAGAAGCCAACAAAGAAAUCAGACGAAGAAAAGCAUGAAGUAAAUGCGUCAUCGAAUAAGAAAACGAAAACAAGUAAAGAAAAACAGAAGAAACAGAGCAAAAAGUUGGACAACAAGAAGCUUUUAUCAUUUGAUGAGGAAGAUGAAUAGCAUAACGUUUAAUGGUGGCUAAUAUAGGGAUCAAAAACGACAUAAAUGAUCCAACUCAGCCAAGAAGAAAAAUCCCAACUUGGGUCAAAAUAACAAGUCAGCCAAUUGUUUCGGCACUCCAAUUUAAAUGAGCUCUGAAACACUCAAUUUUUCACAAAUUUUACACUGAAUGUUUAAACAUGCGGAGUAUUUAAUGGUUUAAACAUUUUGAAUUAGGUGCAGUGAACCGAGAGUCCAGGGUGGAGUCCAUGUAAACCUCACACCCAAUUGUGGUCAGUGAAAUAGCUUCGCCAAAGGUUUUACAGCUUAAUGCUAAUGUCAAAAGUUUGUAUUAUAUAAUGGGUGACAAAAACUGUAAAUUAGACCUUCGCCAAAAUUUGUUUUUUAUGAAUCAUACUCAAACACGGAGCCAACCACCAACACUGUUCUUUUUUUCCUUUUUUAAUACAAACAUUUUUACACUAACACUCUUCUUUUCUUCCUUUUAUGCCAAUGCACUAAAGAAAUUAUGAAAAUCUCCAUCUUA